AAAAAAAAAGAAAAAAGAAAAAAAUGAUGUCUGAAGAUGGGUUGUCCUCCAUGAGAGACUUAAUCCAAGAUCCCAACCCAAACCCUAAUCCAAACCCUACCUCAAAUCCAUCCAACAAGCGCAAACGGAAUCUCCCCGGCACACCAGAUCCGGAGGCUGAAGUAAUCGCGCUCUCCCCAAAAUCACUGAUGGCGACUAACCGUUUCGUUUGCGAAAUCUGCAACAAGGGUUUUCAGAGAGACCAGAAUCUACAGCUCCACAGGCGCGGCCACAACCUCCCAUGGAAGCUCAAGCAACGGGCCAACAAGGACCAAGUGCGGAGAAAGGUGUACAUAUGUCCGGAGAAGACGUGCGUCCACCACGACCCUAGCCGAGCCCUCGGUGACCUGACUGGAAUCAAGAAACACUACAGUAGAAAGCAUGGCGAGAAGAAAUGGAAAUGCGACAAGUGCUCGAAAAAGUAUGCCGUGCAGUCGGACUGGAAAGCCCACACCAAGAUAUGUGGUACCAGAGAGUACAAGUGCGACUGCGGGACUCUCUUCUCCAGAAAGGAUAGCUUCAUUACACACAGAGCCUUUUGCGACGCGCUAGCGGAAGAAAGUGCUCGAUUCACGCCUUGUCCCAAUCUAAACUUUGGAAGAAACAACAAUCUUGGCCAAAACCCUAUGAUGAAUCCCCAGUUCCCACCAGGCAUGUUAAGGGCCCAACAACUCGAACCGGGCCUGGAUCUGACGAAGCCCAUUUGGAUGGACCAUCAUCAUCUCAACACAAUCGGGCCCAGCUCGGGUGUCAACAACUUCCAUCUCCCUCAAGGCUCCACCAAUCUGCCGGAGGACUUGGUCCAAUUCGCCGCAAAUACCCAAAGUAAGAAUCCUCCGUGGUUGAUUUGCGGCAACAAUAUGAACAAUAAUAAUAAUAAUAAUCAUAUCAAUGCGUCAUCAUCAUCGUCGUCUUUGAUUCCUCGAGAGGAUGAGAAAAAGGGGAAUUUUUCCGAGGCCAUAAGCUCUCUUUACUACAGCAACAACAGCAUUAUUCAGAAUGCAACCGAUAACAACAAUAAUCCAAUGUCGGCCACAGCACUGCUGCAGAAGGCAGCCCAAAUGGGGUCCACUAGGAGCAAUGGGUCAUCAGUUUUCGGGUUUGGGCUUAUGGACUCGUCUGGUUUUCCGGGCCUCAGAAGCCCAAAUGAUGUUGAACUGAAUAACGGGCCACUGAUGGGUCCCGCCAGUGGUGGAAAGCAGAAGUUUAACAUUCAAGGAGAGAGUAGCAUGACAAGGGAUUUUCUGGGAGUGGGUCGAAAUGAGAAUAGGCAGUUCUUGGAGGACCAAAGUGUCGAGCUGGCUAAAUUUGCGUCCAUAAGUUCGGGCAUGGGCAUGGGCAUGGGCGAGCACUACAGUACAAACCACUGA